GGAGACAGUGUCGGGCAUGCGUGCUUCUUUUCGCCUCUAAGACCCACCGAAGGCUGGUGUUUCGGAUUGCUCGGUUCUGUUUUCCCCAAGGGCAUCAUGAUUAAGCGUUUUCUCCUCUCCGGUUUCCUUCAGCUCCACCGCCGCAGUGGCGGCUCCGUUUCGUUUCUUCCUCUCAGUGUAUCAGGAAACCUAUGGGGAAGAUCCGAAAGUGUAGCACUAAAUCAUCCAAAGAGUACAGAAAGAGAAAACACUACUAAGGAGAUUGGACGCUAUCCAAUACCCAAGAAGACGGAUUUGCCAUAUGAUAUAGUAGAGCUCAUGGAGGAAAUGGAAGUAAAGACUGGGUUUUUGCCCAAUGUGUUUAAGGUUAUGGCUCAUCGGCCAGCAGAAUUUAGGGCAUUCUUUGCCUAUUACAAUGCCAUCAUGAACAAAGAGACAGGAAACCUAAGCAAGGCUGAUAAAGAACUCAUUAUUGUGGCUACCAGUAUUGUCAACAAGUGUCCCUACUGUGUAAUUGCACAUAGUGCCUUACAUCGCAUCUACUCCAAGAAACCAACUUUGGCAGAUCAGGUGGCCGUGAAUUGGAAACUGGCUGAUCUAAGUGAUCGGGAAAUGGCCAUCCUUGAGUUUGCCCUUGCUGUUUGCAGAGCAGAUAAUAUAACAGAAGAGCACUUUCAAAAACUGGAGGCACAUGGAUUUGACCGAGAAGAUGCCUGGGACAUAGGCUCCAUUUCAGCCUUUUUUGCCAUGUCAAAUCGCUUAGCUCACUUCAUAGAUCUGCAUCCCAACCCAGAAUUCUAUAUCAUGGGAAGAAUACCAAGAGAGAAAAACCCAGUUCCUCCCAAUAAAACUUGUUGAUAUCCUAAUCUGUGCAAACACUGAGGUCAAGCUUGACUAAUUACUGAAUUACAAAAAUGGAUCCGUUUUAGAUGCAGUGAAAAGAGAAUCAAACUUUUGAUUGUACAAUACUUCUGAAAUGAUUUCCAAGUACAUCUCAAUUGGAUUGAGUUUCUUUAAAAGAAAAAGUGAGAUCAGAUACUAGUAGUUCAGUUUCUUUUGGUCAUAACUAAAGAUAUGAUUGGAAGUAAGAACCUCGUAUCUUUUAUUUCUAUAUAGCUAACUAAAUAAUAAGACCUUUUUAUUCAGACAUUGGAAAAGACAAUUCUCAUUUCCUCUAAAGUACUGGCAAGCAUGUUUGAUGUCUAAAGGCUUAGGUUUUUGCACUGGAUCAGGAAUCUUUUUUUUUAAUUAUUUUAAUGAGCUUUAUAAUGUAAUUAUAUUUCUUCUCCAUGGAUUUAACAAUGCUUUCAUACAUUUGUAAAUUUCAGCUUUUUUAUCCUUUGAUUAAAAAGGUCAUGUAAACAACUGAAAAAUGAAAGGUAUUAAACAGUUACAAUAAAUUAAUAUAUGUUUUUGCUAUUUUUUGCUAUGUAUUUUAUUGUAUUUAGUUUGCUCUUUGUAAAAUGUCUUAAAUUAUAAUGGUGUGACAGAUUUCCCGAUGCUGAUAUCUCAGAGCCCUGAUACAUAUUUGUAUAUUAGAUUCAAGCAAAGAUGAAAAAGCAAUUACAGUAUUUUUUUUAACUGAAGGAAUACAGUAUGUUGUUGGCUCAAGACUGAUAUGCAUUGAAAUUCUAGUCUUGCUGUAAACAUACCUCCUUUAAUCCUAAUGUUUGAAAGCUCAUUUUGUUAGCU